AUCGUCUAUGCCGAGCGGCCUUUAACAGACAACAACAGAUCUUUGGCCUCCUAUGGCUUGAAGGACGGCGACGUGGUGAUUUUGCGACAGAAGGAGACUGUCGAGCCACGGCCCUCCAUCCGUUUCCCAGGUCUGCCGAGGAUAGACUUCAGCAGCAUCGCAGUUCCCGGGACAUCGACUCAGCAGCAUCAGCCAGCAGCACAGCGUCCUCGCCCAUCCCCUCCCGAUGCACCGUCCUUCCCUCAGGGUUUGGACAAUCCGGCGCUGCUCCGGGAGAUGCUGCUUGCCAAUCCCCACGAGCUGUCCCUGCUGAAGGAGCGCAACCCGCCCUUGGCAGAAGCUUUGCUCAGCGGAGACCUGGAGAAAUUCACCAGGGUGUUGCUGGAGCAGCAGCAGGACCGAGCCCGGCGGGAGCAGGAGAGGAUCCGACUCUAUUCCGCUGACCCGUUUGAUCUCGAGGCGCAGGCCAAGAUCGAAGAAGACAUAAGGCAACAAAACAUUGAAGAAAACAUGACGAUAGCGAUGGAAGAGGCCCCCGAGAGUUUUGGCCAGGUGGUGAUGCUGUAUAUUAACUGCAAAGUCAACGGACAUCCAGUGAAAGCCUUUGUUGACUCAGGUGCCCAGAUGACCAUCAUGAGCCAAGCUUGUGCUGAAAGGUGCAACAUCAUGAGGCUGGUAGAUCGGCGAUGGGCUGGCAUCGCUAAAGGUGUCGGGACGCAGAAAAUAAUUGGUAGAGUGCACUUAGCUCAGGUCCAGAUCGAAGGGGAUUUCCUGGCAUGCUCCUUCUCCAUCCUUGAGGAGCAGCCCAUGGACAUGCUUCUAGGGCUGGAUAUGCUCAAGAGGCAUCAGUGUUCGAUUGAUCUCAAGAAGAAUGUACUCGUGAUUGGCACGACUGGCUCGCAGACCACUUUCCUCCCGGAGGGCGAGCUCCCCGAGUGUGCCCGUCUGGCUUACGGCGCCGGGCGGGAGGACGUGCGGCCAGAGGAGAUUGCAGACCAGGAACUAGCAGAAGCAAUACAGAAGUCUGUAGAAGAAGCAGGCCUCUGGGAAGGGAAAGGGAACUAA